UGCCCCCGCCGGGCGGGGAACCUGCACGGUGGCGUUUGGCAGCAUCAUCCGCGGCUGCGGGGCCGACACACGCCUCCAUCCUCCUCUCUCCCGGCAGCCGCUCACACGCGCCUCGCCGCGGGCGGAGCGGAGCGAGGGGCGCCGCGGCAGACAAAGCAAAGAUGGCAGGGAUCCUCGCCUGGUUCUGGAACGAGCGGUUCUGGCUGCCGCACAACGUCACCUGGGCGGACCUGCAGAGCACGGAGGAAGCCGCCUUCCCGCAGGCGGAGGACCUCUACCUCGCCUUCCCCCUGGCCUUCUGCAUCUUCAUGAUCCGGCUGCUCUUCGAAAGGUUCAUCGCUAAACCCUGUGCCUUAGGCCUUAAAGUCCAAGCCAAUGGACCACAGAAAGCUCAACCUAAUGCUAUCUUGGAGAAGGUUUUCACAGCUAUUACAAAGCAUCCAGAUGAGAAGAGGCUGGAAGGGCUCUCCAAGCAGCUGGACUGGGAUGUGCGCAGCAUUCAACGUUGGUUCCGACAAAGGCGCAACCAGGAGAAGCCCAGCACCCUUAGGAAGUUCUGUGAGAGCAUGUGGAGAUUUACAUUUUACCUUUAUAUAUUUACCUAUGGAGUACGGUUCCUGAAAAAGACACCCUGGCUCUGGAAUACCAGGCAGUGCUGGAGCGGGUAUCCAUAUCAGCCCCUGAUGCCUGACCUUCAUUACUACUACAUAGUUGAAUUGUCAUUCUACUGGUCCUUAAUGUUUUCUCAAUUCAUUGAUGUCAAAAGAAAGGACUUUGGAAUCAUGUUUACACAUCACAUUGUAACAGUCACCCUGAUUACCUUCUCAUACGUGACCAAUCUGACACGAGUGGGAACCUUGAUCUUGUGUCUCCAUGAUGCAGCUGAUAUUGUCCUAGAGGCUGCCAAAAUGGCAAACUAUUGCAAGUGUCAAAAACUGAGUGACCUUCUGUUCCUUACAUUUGCCGUUGUCUUCAUUGUCAGUAGGCUUGGCAUAUAUCCCUUAUGGAUAUUAAAUACAACAUUGUUUGAACUGUAUGAAGCUCUGGGCAAUUUUCCUGCCUUGUGGGUCUUCAAUGUGCUGCUUAUGGUUCUUCAAAUUCUGCACUGUUUUUGGUCUUACCUAAUCAUAAAGGCAGCCUACAAAGCUAUUUCAAAGGGCAAGGCUGGGAAGUGGAACCCCUUGCACGUAGCAAAGGAUGCCCGAAGUGACGUUGAGUCAAGCUCAGAUGAGGAGGAAACAGUACCUCGCUCAAAGGCCCCGCACAGCGCGGUCGCCACCAACGGCACCAGCGGUGCCAAUGGGACAAAUGGGUAUCUCACUGGUGCCACUUCCUCAGAGGAGCAUUAAUCCUUCAGUUCAAUCAUGAGACACGAACAGAAUGAACUGUUUGCUACUGGAAGUAAAUUAUAAGUUGUGAAUGCAGUUUAUUCAUGUAUUUCAGCAUCAGAAAAAAUUAGGAGUAUCAAAGCAUUCUGAUAGCGCACUGCCAUAUUUCCUGUUUGUGAAUGAAGACAGCACACCAUUCUGUAUACGUAGGCAUGCUGUAUGUGUAUGUAACUGACACAAUGGGAGCAGUAUUUUCACUUGUACUGUCUGAAAUAUUAUUUAUUUUUUAUUCUUUUGGGAACUUCUGGACAAAAGGGAAUAUCCAUUCUCAAACUUUGUGUCUUGGAUUCUCGGUAACGGAGAGCACCAUGCUCAGAUCUCUUCUGUCCAUCCCUGUUGGUUUUGCUGAAUCUGCUAUAAGUAAUAGUUGCUUGAUUUGUUACUUACAGUAAGAUAGAACAUAGCUUUAUAGAUUUUAGAUCUGCUUCAGAUAUUUUUGCUAUCUUUGUGUUUUAAAGUACUGGUUUUGAAAUUGCCUAUCAAAUCACAGUUACUGUUCUUCCAACAUAAUUUAGGGGGAAGUGGUAAUUGUGGGAUAUUAUUUUAGCGUAAUUUAAAAUUCAAUUUGGUGGUUAAUUGCAUUAGAAGUAGACUUGAUUUGUUGUGCAAAUACCCAAAAGCAUUGUUGUCAGCACUUUGGAUAAAUUCGUUAUUACCUUUUUUUUUGGCCUUUCAAUUUUUGACCUCUACAGAUUUUAGCUUUUUGCAGAGAUUCCAUGUAAAAAGGUGUUUCUUCAAAUGCACCAUUCUGAAUCCAGACUUAACUUCUGAAAUUGUUCUUGCACAUUCACCUGAUUGAGAGCAGGGGUGUAAUGGAAAAAACAGCAGAUGAAAAGUUCAUUUCUUCCUCGGACUCAGCUCAGUCUAAGUAUUGUUCUCAAAAUUAUUGCUACUUCCUUAGCAGGGUGAAGAGAGGGAAGGCAGAAUGUCAUACAUUACUAAAAUUAGUUUAUUUUACGUGUGUGAGAACUUGAGCAAAAUUCACUUAGCAUGAUUCACAGCAACCUUUGAAUGCUCAGCAGUAUUUCAUCACCUCUACAAAUAAAAUUAGGGGGCGUUUGUAAAAUAAUUUUGCAUUCCUUUUUAUCCAAGAUUUACAAAUAGUGUCCCAAAGAAGACAUAAUAACACCCUAAGUAAACAUCUUUUCAAACAUUAUAUAUGUACUUCUUCCAGCCUUCAGAUGAAAGUUUGAUGUAGGAUGCUAAGGAUCAUACAGCUCUUGCAGGACACUCUUCUGGGAUUUGUGGCAGCAGUGCCAAAAGUAGGCAGGGUUCUUGGGUAACAGACUCUAUGCAACCUACUGUUCAACAGUAUUGUGUGUGCACACAGAACCAAUGUGCUUAUAGACCAAAGACUUACACACACACACACACACACACAUAUAUAGAUAAAAGUUAAAAAAAUAAAGGAAGGAAAAAAAACAGGGGAAAAAAAUCUCAAGCGCAUCUUCUAUAUACAAAGGGAUUGGAGUGCUGUGUUCAGCUGGAAACCUGAGCCAUGAGGUCAUUUCUGAUUCCUUCCACCUAUGCAAAUAGUAAAAUAUAGAUGGUUUCUGAUUCCAUAACACAUAUUUAAAGAUUCUCUUUUAUAUAGUCUUCAUUGAAGAAAGUUGUGUUGUCACUUCUUUCUUUUGAAAACUGAAAUUUGUCCUAUUCUACUGGUCACUCUUGAAAACUUCUGAAACUUUUAUUACCUAUAGAAACUCCUGUGUGUUAGGAAAAAGGAGGUGUGCUAAAAGCAAGAUUGGAAUGGCAUGAAUGGAAAUAGUACCUCAACUUCGUAAAUAAUAAAGGUAAGAAAACUCAAAAGGUGUAAAUCACAAAAGAUCUGUCAGUUCUACUACCCACAGAGCAUCUUUUGAAAGACCCAGAUAACUUUGUAAUCCAGCGGCUGCAUAGCUUAUAUGUCCAUGAGUACAUCUGAAGGAGCAAGGGAGCCUUACUUAAAUCUCCUUCUCCCGAGAAAGUUUCUCUGCCUCUGAUUUUUUUCAUCUGUCUCCUCUGCAUUUGAUUUCAUACCGUUUUCUGCAGGGCAGGUUAUACCUGUGAAAAUAUGCUGAUUGCAAUGGAAAGUAUCCUAUCUAUGGUGUUUGCAGCUGUGUAGUAAUUACUGUAAAGAUGAUUCCAGGAUUUUAAAAUAAAACCAUCCUGGGAUCAAUUAAAUUAAGAUUAUAAUUUUUGAAAUCUGACCUGCUAAAAUGGUAAUGGAGAAUAUCAGUUUAAUUUUGUGGUGUUGAUUACUACCUCCACUGAACCAUUUCCCUUCUGCAAAGAUGGUUACAAAAGUGGCAUUCUGGCAAAAUAUUUUGUCUCACAUGAGAACAGAAUGUUGCUCUGAACUGUCAACAUGCACAGCAUAGACCACAUGCUGCAAUGUUGGUGAUGCAGGGCAUAGAGCAGUCCCCAGCAACAAUCCCUGUGCCAGAGGCCUUUAGUCCCUGUUGGUCCUUUUCAGCAAUGCUCUGUAGUGUUCAUUCAGAUGUAGAGUCAAGACUACAGCCCUGGAGAUGAUUUACCAUCACUACAUAUGCUGUUAGGACCUUGAAGAUCAUCUAGUCCCAACCCCCCUGCCAUGAGCACCCUAGGCCAAGUUGCUCAAGGCUUUAUAAAACCUGGCCUUGAACAGUGCCAGGGCUGGGGCAUCCACAGCUUUCCUGGGUAAGCUGUUCAGUAUUUUACCACCCCUGAAGUAAAGAAUUUCUUUUUAAUAGCUAAUCUAAACUUUUCUCCUUUUUGCUCCAGUCCUCUUAUCGACUUCAUGGCCCUUCUGUGGACAUGCUCCAACAGUUCUAUGUCUUAUGCUGGGGACACCAGAGUUGGCUGCAGUACUCUGGGUCUCUCACAAGAGCAGAGAGACAGAAUCCCCUCCCCUGCCCUGCUGCCCUCACUCCUGUGGAUGCAGCCCAGGAUACAUUUGGCUUUCUGGGCUGUGAGUGCACCCUGAUGGCUCACGUUGAGUUUUUCACAACCAUCACUCCCAAGUCUUUCCACAGGGUUGUUCUCAAUCACUUCUCCACCCAGCCUGUAGGAGUGCCUGGGGUUGCCACAACCCAGGAGUAGGACUUUGCACUUGGCGCUUGAACCUCAUGAGGUUUCCAUCAGCCUGCCUCUUAAGCCUGCCAAGGUCCCUUGAUCCCCACUGUUAAAUGGUGCAUCUGGGAUUGAAACUCUUCCCUUGAGGCUUAAAUUCAGUUGCAUCUGUGAAAUGCUAAAGCAUGUAUGCAGUUACCUUGGUUCAGCUAACACCCAAUGACAUACUUAGCCCCUAUAAUCCUGGCUUUUUGGAGCCUGUUCUUAGCAGUUAGUAUAAACUUCAUACAGAUAUGUCUGGAAAAUAAGUGAGGAAAGAGAGAUUCAAAUGACACGUGGGGGAAUAGGGUAAGAGGAAGCCUUAAGAACUUCAUCAACCUUUGCUAAACAAUGAUCUAUCAAGCUAGAGGUUUAUUAUAAAAAUUAUGAAUUCACACUUUUGUCUGUCUCUAGUGGGAAGGACCAAGUGAUUUAGUGAUCAGACAUGGCAGUGUGCUUUAAUUCAUUGUUUCCAGCUAAUGGGUGUGAAAACUUUGGCUUCAUCUUCCACUCUGCAGAGAAAAUGCCAUGCAAUUAUUUCCUUUUUCAUUUGAAUUUGAUUGCUUUUCUGAUUAAGAGCUUUGCAAGGUGCAUUUGGAGGUCAUCGAGUAUUUAGGGGUUGAUUGCACAUAUUUUAGAAGAUUGACUGAAAUUAUUCACAUGGUUCAUGGUAAAUGUGAGACCUUAAAAGGUUCUGUAUAUUCACACCUUUUGUAGAAUUGUAGUUUAGUAAUUCUAGAAAUGAGAGUUUGGACUCUAUAACCUCUCUGUCUUUGAGUUCUAUGGUCCUUGUUUAUAGUACAGUACAUGACACAGUGGCUGAGAUGUCAAAGUAGAAAAAUGAGGAAAUUAGAGUUUAUUAGUAAAUAGUAAGAACUUGUCUCUCUCCUAGACAGCCCAGAUUACAGUAAAAUAAGAUUCAGGUUACCCUUUGUGUGGUGUUUCCCAUAUCGGCAUAUUUUGUAUCAAAAGAAAAAUACAUGGUAGUUCGUGCUUUUGUUUGGUUGUUUUUCAUAAAGAACAACGUUGCAGAAAAUGGUAAAAAUACCUGAUCAAACAACAAGGGUGGACAUUGGAGUCUUUUGGGUCUUGAUCAAUGUUAAAUAGUGCUAGUUUUAAAAUACCAAAGUGCCCCAUGCUGUUUCCUUGUUGCCCUUUUGUAGUUUUUUCUAUGUGUUAUUUAUUUAAUGAUUCCAGCGGAAUUGGUACAGGUGUCACAGCUUCGUAUCUCCUGCCUCAGCCUGUGACCAUUCUGUGACCAUGUGAUUGCCAAUGCCAAAUGCUUUUUCUGAGACCAAGUACAUGCACUAAAGCUUUGCUUACAGUGAAGUGAUUCUUGUCUUAAAUCUGUAUCUGAUUCAGGUGAAAAUCACUGCCUGGUUCUGAACAGGACAUGAGGGUGCAAGCCGUGACCCUGCAGCACACGCCACUGCUGCUCACUGCUGGGUGAUUGAGGCACUCCCUGUUUUACACAGAGUGCUUCACUGGGAAGCCUAAUGCCCACUUCAUUCAUUUUCUCAUUACCACAGCCUUCUCUAUCUCAGAGAAAUAUGGGCUACCAUUGGUUUUAUACAGCUGAUGCUUUGGUAUUUUCUUAAUCUCUUUGCUACAACUCAUUUUUGUAUGUCUCCUAUUGUCUACUUCCUGUGACAUUUUGGGAGAGGAGUAUUAAAUACUUUUUACCCUUCUUGUAAUGUAGACCCUCUUAGGCCUAACUUCAGUGUUCUGCAAACUACAGUUGCCUUUAAACCAUGAAGCAAAACCAGUUUGUAUUACUUGUUUUGACUAGUUUUGAUUUGGAACAGGGACCUAAUGGGAACUUCAGUAAGACAUAUUCUUUUUUUCCCUUUUCUUUUAAAAAGCUCUAGUGGAGGUUUGGAAAGGUGGUGUACAUGUACAGCCUUUACACUGUAAAGAUUUCUGAUUGUAGUUGCAAUGAAAACACAGUGUUUGAGUGUGUCUCUACAGACUCCUCAAUCUUUGAAAUUGCUUUCAGUUAAAAAACUGGAGGAAAUACCAUGAAAGGAUGUUUUGGAGUCAUGUCAAUGAUCACAUGUGUCAGACAAAAGGCAAAAAAUACUGUCUUACAUGACUUAAAAUGAGUGCAACAAAACCCAUUUUCUGGCUACUGCUGAGCUUCAGCUUUUUGCUGUUCUUGUUUACACAAGCUCUCAUACCAUACUGUGCAUGUUGACUGCUGCAAGUCAGGAGGAGGCAGAUGACACAUUUUCACCUGUGUUUUCAUGACAAUCCUGUGCUUGAGCAACUCUUUCAGAAAUGUGGUGAUGUGUAGGAACUCCACUGUUCUGGAUACAGUGAUGCACUAGCUAGAAGUCCUUUCAUGUAUAGCUAUUGUGUGGAACCUUGGGAGUUAUUUUGUCUUUUAUUUGACUGGGUUUGGGGUUUUUUCUAAUAUGGAGAAAAAUUAUUCCUCAUAAAAUCUCUGGAACCAACCAAUAUUGUGGGCUAUUUUAAUUUGGAGACAGUUUCAUAAUAAACAUAAGUAUUAGAAAUGUA